CCGUGGUAAGUGGGGUUGCCGUUGCAAAGGAAAACCCUCGACCUGAAGUGCUGCGCUGAACAGAGCCUACUCCUAGUAUAGAAUUUGGCGGCGAAUAUUCUUUCUCAGGCCAACUGACCUAUGACAGCCAAGUUAAGCAAUUUUAAAUUACUUGGCUACUCUUUAAAAGUCAACAGGAACCAUGUCCUUUGUUGGGGAUGUGUUAGUUUCAGUUCGGAACAAAAGUGGAAAAGCAGUUUUCAAAAUAGCCAAUUGGAAGGAAAACUUGUCUUGAAAGCAGAAGAGGCACAGUUAGGUGCUUGUCAGGAUUUGAGGUCCCAGUAUUGCUCCUUGUCUUUAGAUGUACAGAUCACCACUCAACUCCACCACCGUAUUAACACAGCAGUUGAUGAACUUACUCAACUGCAAGACUCAGUUCAACAAGAGGUUGCCUAUGGUGUCAAAGGAAGUGUUGGUGAAGUUGAUGGAUUGGUUAGAAAAUGGAGAGAAGUCUACGAGGGGCUCAAGUCGGUCAGCUUACUUCUCUCAGCACAUAAACACCUGGAUGAUGCCCACAAAGCUGAAAUGAGCCAUGAAUUUCGCAAUACAGCCCAAAAUUUAGCAGAGGUUGACAGAAUAUUAGGGGAUGCAUCAAAGAAAGAGAUUGAAAGCCAGCUGGAUGUAGUGAGCGCAUUGCAGGAUGCAGUGGUGAUAAGAAGAAUGCAGCUGGUCUACACAGUUGGUGAAGUUUGGAAUGAGACAGUAUCAUGGGAUGAGGAGAGGAGGAAUAAUGGCUCAAGGGUAGUGACUCUGCUGAUCAAAGUAGGAGGAGAAUCAUCCAAGGAGUCUUUGCAGAAGCUUCAGCAGAUGUUUGAGGCUUUAUACAUGUUGGGGGAAUUGCAAAGACGUAUCAAAGCUCUGGGGAAAAAUUUAAUGCGUUAUUUCUUCAGGCCAAUCAUCAAUUGUCAUGCUGAACUCAAAGUGACAGAGCGUAGUGAUGGUUAUUCUAUUCAGGUGACACAGCAGGACAGUAAAAAGGGGAAUUUUCCCGCAGCAGUAGUUUUUAUGACUUUACAAAAAGUGUUUGCUGUAUUGCAUAGUUCUCUUCUUAGUCUAUCAAUAAAGGCUGGCGAAGAAGAGGUGUCACUUAUGCAGUUGCUUGGCAGAGAAGUAAGUGAAGAAUUCACCCAAGUUUUAAUAAAGGAAUGCCUUGCUGAAGCAGUUCCUUGUAGCCAGGCUCAGCUAAAUAAGUAUGAAGAAGUAAAAGUGGCAGCCAAAGAUUUCCAACAAUUUUUGGUCGAUAAAGGGUUCUAUAGGCCUGAUGAAAUGUCUAUUAUGGAGUAUGCUGCAAAUGUUGACACAGUAUUCAGCAAUAAAGCUUGUGCUCAUAUCAUGGAAAGAGCAAGAGAAUUGAUGGUCAGACCAGUCCAUGUUUUGGUUUGCAUCACACCUUUGGAGCCUGAUGGUCCUUUAGUCAUACAGGAUGAAGGCGGCAACAAAUUAAUAAAGAGCACAAUGAAACUCGAAAACCUCUUAUCUGCAAAAACCUUCAACCUUCCUCGCUGUCAGAUCAGUGCUUCUAUGUGUGACCUUGUAGAGUUGAUAUACGAAACAAUGGAAGAAGCAUGCACAAGCUCACCGCAGCAUGCUGGACGACUUUUCUACACAGUGCGAAAUAUUUUGUCCCUAUACUGCCAUGUGGUGCCUACUGCACAUGCUUACUCUCUAGCCACAUUACCUCAACAAGCAGCUGUAAUCCACAAUAAUAGCAUGUACUUGGGUCAUCAUGCUUUGCUUUUAGGUCAUCAGUACAAAAGCAAAUUCCCCCAGGACUUGAGAGAGAGCAUCCUAACAACAGUUGACCUUGGUCACGAGCUGCGGAAAAUGGCAACUACCACUUUCUUGAAGGCUUUGCAAGGCCAUCGCACUGCCCUUAUUGAUACCCUUAGAGAAUCAUGUGGCUUAGACACAAUAGGCUGUAACAUAGAUGGUGUCAGUAAAGCAGAACAGGGCAUGAGGCAGUGCCUUCACCAAUUGCAGCUGCUGCAUCGUGUUUGGCAAACUGUACUUCCUUGUUCUGUCUAUACCAAAGCUAUGGGAGUCUUGAUAAGUUCUGUUAUUGAGGAGGUAAUAACACGUGUGGUGAGCUUGGAAGACAUAUCUGCAGACUGUGCCUUAGCUCUUAUCAAUUUGCUGAAUCUCCUGAAGGAUAAUGUACCAGCUCUGUUCAUAGUUGAAGGAGAAUCUGCAACCUUAGCAGAUGAUGUAGUCUGUUAUGUGAAGUUAUGGGGAAAAUUUUCAGAAUUGAUAAUUGUAUUAGGAGCAAGCUUGCGUGAAAUACUGGAUCGCUGGGCUGAAGGGAAAGGUCCUCUUGCUCAUGAAUUUACACCUGAUGAAGCCAAACAGCUUAUCAGAGCACUUUUUCAAAAUACAGACAAAAGGGCUCAUGUUUUAGCCAAAAUCAAAUAGCUGUUUCUUGUACCUAAAGUAGGUAAUUGUCUGGGUGUUUAUUGUCAUUUUAUUUUACUAUGGCUAGAAAUUGAUGAUUUAUCUCUUGAAAUGACAUCAUUCUUGGUUUUUUUAUUGAAGAAUAAAGCUACUAAUGAAUAUAG